CUGGCUAUGGUUUUGGCCUAAGCCUGAGUUCACAGCAAUUGUAUUAGGUUAGGUUAAUUAAGAGGGUUUUAUUUGAAGUUUUUAAUUGACAUUUUGCUUACAUGUAUGGUAGUAUAAGUGCAAAGAAUUAUACAUUUUAUUCUCACUAUUUAUUCAAUAAGGAUAGGUAUUAGCAAGUACAUUUCUUUCUACUUUGAUAAAUUUAAUGUUACGAUUUUUUUUUAAACUAGGCUCACAUAACUAGAAUCGGACAUCAAAUUAUUAGAUACCACAACUUAUUCUCUUGUAAUUAUUCCAGCCUAUAAUUUUCAUUUUUAAUGGAGAGAAAAAUUAAACUAAAGACACUAAAUGUUCAUAUAACAUGCAAAAUAUGCAGAGGCUACUUAGUUGAUGCUACAACUGUAACUGAAUGUCUUCAUACAUUUUGCAAAAGCUGUCUGGUUAAACAUCUGGAAGAGAAUAAUACCUGUCCAUCAUGCCAAAUCGUAAUUCACCAGUCACACCCCCUGCAGUAUAUAAGCUUCGACCGUACCAUGCAGGACAUUGUUUACAAAUUGGUGCCAGACCUUCAAGACAAUGAGAUCAAACGUGAGAGGGAAUUCUAUAGACUGAGAGGACUCCCUUGUCCAAAAGAUAUUCCGCCCAAUGCUGGAGAUGCUGAAGAGGAGAAACCAGUAGCAGACCAAGUGGCAGAGGUAGACUGUCAUCGUAUGGAUGAGCAGGUCAACAUCGGUUUGGAGUGUAUGGUUGCAAAUCUGAAAACUCUGAAGAGGAAGUUCGUCAGGGUUUCGUCUCAAGCAACCAUUACGCACUUGAAAAAAUUCAUUGCGAAAAAGGUUUUGGAUGGAAUGGACAAAUACAAAGAUAUUGACAUUUUGUGCAACAACGAGUUACUGGGAAAGGAUCACACUCUCAAGUUUGUCUACGUUACAAGAUGGAGGUUUCAGGAACCUCCCCUCCGACUGCAGUACAGGCCUAAGUUAGACUUGUGAGCUGACGCUAGGACUCAAGUGUUUCUUCUUUGUCUGUGCUCUGAAACCGUGAUAAUAGGUUAAUUUUAAUGUAAUGUAAAUUGUUUACGGGUUUCCUCAAUGGUUAACUUUAGGUGUAAGAAUUGAAUAUGUUUGAUUACAGAACAUAGAGAGUUGUUUAAAACAUUUUAUUAUGUACAUAUUUUAUAUUUGUAAUUUUGUAAGUGAAAUCAAUGUUUGUAAAGUCAAAUUGUUUGAGAGUGUGAGCAAAUUGUUUUGCAGAUUGUGAGAUGAUAUAUUUGGACAACUGAAUAAUAAAUGAUAAAAUUAAUUAUAAAGUAA